AUGUUCAAAGCCACGGCAUCAUCGGGUAGCGGUGCGUUGCGGACUGGAGUGCUCAGCUUGCCCAAUCGACAGGCUAUCAAAACACCACAUUACCUGGCACUCGCUUCGAGAGGAGCCAUACCGCACUUGACCCAGGACAAUGUAGUCAAACACACAGGCAUUCGUGGUGCAUACAUGGCAGCUGAAGACUUCGUAGAAAAAGGUACCCCAAUUCUCAACUACAACCCGCCGGACGGCACUUCACGCUUGCGAGCAUACACUGCCACCCCGGACAACCAUGUCCUGAUUCUUGGAGCCCGCCGUUCACCGCCCGUACCUUCGCCGGGGGCAAGCACUGAUAGCCAUAUGAGCAUCAUGACUGCUUUUGGCUUCACAAAACUCCAGGACAAGACCUUCAGAGAUCUGACGACCUCGCUCAACCCGGAUAUUGUGGUCGGCUUAGGAGAUAUUCCAUACGGGUACUACAAGGUUAGCUACAAGAAGAUCGACAAAAUCACAAACCGGACAGCGAAAUGGAUGCAAGCACAUGUGGACGAGAGAGCCUUGGCCAAGAAAGAGCACGGAGCUGGACUGCCCUUGUUGUAUGCCCCGCUACUGCCCAUAUCUGCCGAAUCGCAGAGGUACUACGUUGAUCACCUCGAGGACAUGGCACAAGACAUACAAGGUCUAGCCAUCUACAAUACAAUCACCCUGGGAGAUCUGCCUGGACACCUGAAGCAUCUUCCUCGCCUUGGGCUGACCGAACCUAACAAUCCACGUGCAGUCCUUCAAGACGUUGCCCAAGGUAUUGAUGUCUUGACUCUGCCUUUCCUCAGCGGCAUCACAGAUGCCGGCGUCGCGUUGGACUUUCAAUUCCCUGUCUCUGUUUCCAUCCCGGAGGAACCUCUACCACUAGGUGUGAAUAUGUGGGAUACUAAGCACGCGACCGACGUAUCAGCUCUACGAAAGGAUUGCCCCUGCUACGCAUGCACGAACCACCAUCGCGCAUUCCUGCAACAUCUAUUGUCUGCAAAAGAAAUGCUGGCCUGGGUGUUGUUACAAAUUCACAAUCAUCAGAUCAUGGAUGAAUUCUUUGCUGGUAUACGUCAGAGUAUCGAUCGGGGCACAUUGGAACAGGACAUUGCGGACUUUGAACGUGUUUAUCAGCCCGAACUGCCAGAAUCAAACGGCCGUGGCCCAAGACUACGAGGCUACCAAUUCAAGUCAGAGGGCCCUAAUGAGCGUAAGCGGAAUUCGGCACCGUUUACAGUGUACAAGGCGAACCCCGACAAGAGCGACAAGAUUGCACAAAAAGAUUCAGUACCUGUACCGGGCCCCGAUGCUAUCGCAGAAGACCUUGAGAAGGUCGGAUUUGCCGAAAAAACCGAGUAG